GCUGCCUCCUCCGCAGUCUCUGCCGCUGGCUCCUGGAGGCGCUGGCCAGCGGUGGCAGGGCAGCCUCUGGCCCUGGCAGUCAGCGAGGCUCCUGGCAGCAGCGCCCCCAUCCUCCCUCCGUCCCCAGCGUCGGUGACCACCUCGCGGGAGCUCUUUGAUUCCUACUGGGCAGCGCCCUAGGGACUGAAUAAGCUUCACAGGACAAGAGAGAAGAACACAAUGGAAAAGACGCUACUGUGGUUGAUAUUUUUCACGCUUGGGUGGCCCCUCACUGAUGGAUCAGAGAUGGAGCAGGAUUUUAUGUGGCAUCUGAGAAAAGUACCCCGGGUUGUCAGCGACAGGACUUUCCAUCUCACCAGCCCCACGUUUCAGGCCGAGGCCAAGAUGGUGUUAAAGAAAGUGUGUGGCAUUGAGUGCCAGAAAGAACUCCCCGCUCCCAGCCUCUCUGACCUGGAAGAUUCUCUCUCCUACGAGACUGUCUUUGAGAAUGGCACCCGGACCCUGACCAGAGUGAAAGUGCAAGGCCUGGUCCUGGAGCCCACGCCAAACACCACCGCCAGAGGAGCAUCGGCCAGGAGAAAGAGGCAGGUGUAUGGCACAGACAGCAGGUUCAGCAUCUUGGACAAAAGAUUCCUCACCAACUUCCCUUUCAACACAGCCGUGAAGUUGUCCACGGGCUGCAGUGGCGUUCUCGUGUCCCCCAAGCACGUUCUGACCGCUGCCCACUGUGUACACGACGGGAAGGACUAUGUGAAAGGAAGUAGAAAGCUGAGGGUAGGGCUGCUGAAGAUGAGAAAUAAAGGAGGUGGCAAGAAACGUAGGGGUUCCAGGAGAAGCAGGAGAGAAGCCAAUGGUGAUGACCAAAGAGAGGGCAGCAAAGAGAAUCUGAAGGAGACAGCCAAGGCUGGAAGGAGGAGAAAGAACUCUGCUGGGGGUCAGAGGGGCACUGAGGGCGGGCCCUCCUUCCAGUGGACCCGGGUCAAGAACACCCACAUCCCCAAAGGCUGGGCCACGGGAGGGAGAGGGGCCGCCGCCUUGGACUACGACUACGCUCUUCUGGAGCUGAAACGUGCUCACAAAAAGAAAUACAUGGACCUAGGAAUCAGCCCGGCCCUCAGGAAGCUGCCCGGGGGCAUGAUCCACUUCUCCGGCUUUGAUCAGGACAGAGCUGAUCAGCUGGUCUACCGGUUUUGCAGCGUGUCCGAGGAGUCCAAUGACCUCCUCUAUCAAUACUGCGAUGCCCAGCCGGGCUCCACCGGCUCCGGGGUCUACCUGCGCCUGAAAGAGCCGGACAAGCAUUGGAAGCGCAAGAUCAUCGCGGUCUAUUCCGGCCACCAGUGGGUGGACGUGCAGGGCGAGCAGAAGGACUACAACGUGGCGGUGCGCAUCACGCCCCUCAAGUACGCGCAGCUGUGCCUCUGGAUCCGCGGGGAGGACGCCGACUGUACUCACGGGUAACGGGAACCCCACACCAGGCCACGGAUGAUCUAAGUCGCAGGGGAAACCAGUUCCGAUGAUUGUGGCAAGACCACCUCACGGAGUGUGCCUGGACACGAACUCUAUUAAUAGCAUUUCAAUAUUUUUAUAAAUUUACUUUUGUCAAAAGGAGAUUUUCCUGCAUGUAAAACCGUUUAGGUAAAGUUAUUGAUGGGCAUUUCCAUUUCUUCUUCACAUGGUGGUACGUUUGGUUUGUGCAAAGUAAUUUUUUUCCUGCUAGCCUUCUUAAAAAUUAGACACUCUUUAAAACUUCAAGCUGGUCCUAUAAACAAUGUGAUUUCUCAAUGGAGUUAUUCUCAGGGUCCUACCCCAAGAAGAAUCUACUGUGGUGCUGGGUGCCAAGUAAAGGUGAAACGGCAGAUACAGAGGCGGACAGUCACAUUUCAAAUCGAAUUAGAGACAAACAUUCACGACACUUAGGACUACUCUGAGGUGGACCCAUUCAGUGCAUGCCCUCAGUGUUUAUAUUGCUUUCUCUUGGGUCUGAGAAACUAGUUUUUUGUUAGUUUUGUUUUUUAAAGAAUUACAAGGAAUAGCUUUAUCAACAAAACUGUCAACUAUUGUACUGCUUUGGAAAAUAUCGACUGAAGUGUGUAUAGUUUAAAAAGAAAGAAAUACUUCAUCCUAGGAAAUAAAUCUAGUUUAAAAAUAGGGAAGCCGAGGAUGGGAGGGGGGUUCUCUCUUCCCCCGGCCAACGCAGAGAGAGAGAACACGGAGAUGAUGAACCUUGAUUAGAACGCGACUAGGUUUAAGGAAAAAUGAAAAGACAGACACAAAAAGAGAGUAAAAGCUGGGCCGGGGUGUGGCGUCUGCCCUCUGCUGGAGGGACAGAUGCAGAGAAAGCCAGCACGGAAAGGAGUUUAUUAAAUACUCGAAUCACAGGAAAUUACAUCACAUCUGGGUGGGCCUUGAGUUCCUGGUGACAUCAUGAGAUCCAUCCCCUUAACACUGGGCGGGAAGGUCAAAACUGAGUGGUGUCCCAGUCUGUGGACCGGGUCCACCCCCAGGGCGUGGCUCUGCCUUUGCUCUGAGUUUCAGCCAACAAACCAAACGAGUGUUUUUUCCUAGCGGCCCUUAACAGCUGAGACCUUUUAAGAUCUCAAGCUUUUAUUUAACUAGUGUUCUAACCAUGGGCUUUUCAUGCAUGCAUAGGGGAGACAGCUCCACAGUUGUAAAUGAUCUUGCAUUUGAAAGGCACAUCACUUUAUGCUACACAGUCUCCCAGUGUUUUUAGGACAAGCAAUUCUUGUCUUUCCCAAGUGAGAGUCUUUUUUCCCCUUGAAAAAAUUUAGCUUUCUUCACAGGGCCUUGGGCAUAUUAUUUUUGGCGAAUUCUCUGAGUAGUUAUUUUAAAUAGCUUCCUUAAAAUGAAUAUGAUCUAAGAAUACUUUUACAAAGAAGGUUCUGAUUAUUUUCAUUAGGGACCAAUGCUGUUCACUCACUCUGGCCAUCAUGGCAGCCUCAGCAGACAGAGCGAGUCCACUGGCUGCCCUGGGGCACUUGAUACCUAUUUCCUGAAUGGUUAUAAAAGGGCAUUAGUUCAGGCCCUUAUUUAUUACUUUUGUUGUUGUUGUUAAUCCUCAAUCAACGAUAUAUUUUUCAUUGAUUCUAGAGAGAGAAACAUCAGUUGGUUGGUUGCCUCAUGCCUGAACCCCAGCCAGGGACAGAACCUGACUGGUAAUCAAACCCAUGAACCUUUGGUGCACAGGAUGACGCUCUACCCACUGAGCAACACUGGCCAGGCCCAGGCCCUUAUUUCCAAGGGGUUUUAGUAAUUUGUAGAUGAAUGAACCAUGAAAUUCAGGAACUACAGGCCUAAUCUCUGGUCUGCUCUUCCUGGCAGUUUCGAGGGAACAUAUUCUCUUCUGUCAUGACACACCCAAGUUACUGAUUUUUCCAGAGCUCAAAUUUAUUUUAUUUGUUAUUAUUAUUUUUAUGAAUGGGGAGUUAAAUCCUUGAUUAGUAUGCAUAGGAAUAUCUGACCAGCUUAUGAUAAAAUGGUUUGUAAAUUGUGUCCAAAACAGCUGAAAUUUAACACAAGUGUAUGUUCUUUUAUGUGAG